AUGAGUCGCAGUGGUAAUAACAAGAUAGAUCCUCAGGUCAACCGUGCCCUCUUCGUCAAGAACCUCUCGUACAACGUUAGCACGGAUGAUUUAUUCGACCUCUUCGGCAAAUUCGGCCCCAUACGCCAAAUCCGCCAAGGCAUAGCCACCAACACCAAAGGCACGGCCUUCGUGGUCUACGAGGACGUCAUGGACGCCAAAGGCGCCUGCGACAAGCUGAACGGCUUUAACUUCCAGAACCGCUAUCUCGUCGUGCUCUACCACCAGCCGGAGAAGAUGUCGAAAGCCGGCGCACAAGAUCUGGCACAGAGGCAGGAGAGCUUAGAAAAGCUCAAACGGGAGAACGGGAUUGAUUAG